AUGGACCACCUCUCGCACCCUCAGCAGAUUACUCUCGCACCCUCAGCAGAUUACCUCUUGGAUCUUGCCUUCACGUUCGUGGAGAUUGCCCUCGUCAUUCUGACGACAACCAUGGUCGACAUCCCGUCUCCCGUAUAUAAUCUCGCCAUCAUGCUCUCUCGAACGGCUGUCCAGCCCGCACUUGCUGCACUCUCCAAAUUUUGGAUGACGCAUGUGCUCCAUCGGGUGGCGCGCUCGAAGAUGGUGCCGCCAUCGAAAUUGAUGAAGGUAGCGGCGGCGUUCGAGGUGGACCUGUGGAGGUAA